AUGCAGAACGAGCUCGCUCAACAGCCAGGGGUGGUGCCCUGGAUGGAGAGCGACGACGACGACGGCGACGCGGACGACAGCAGCGACAACGACCCCGAGGGAGAAUCGUAUUACGUUCCCUUGCCGCAGAGCGUGAACUGUGUGACGGAAAAUGAGAGGGCUAUUCGUUCUUUUCACUCCGAUGAAGAGAUAGAUGCAGAGUCAAGUAGAGUGGAUGAAAUCAGCAUGAACGGAGUCUCACCAGUCUCUCCACCUACUGCAACAGAAAGGUCCCUCCCCCUGGACAACGUACAAGAAGCUGCCAUCCGAGACGCGAUGCAGUUCGUGAGGCUGCCCGAGUCCUCGUUCCCACAGUGGGCCUUUGCCGUCCCCGAGGAGGAGUGGAAGUCGGCCCUCCUGGCCAGCAUCCACCAACGCCACUGUCACCCCCAGACAAAGAGUGCUCUAGUCAGAGAGGAGUGCCCUGUAAGGUUACCACCAGAAGUCAACAGAGUUCUCUAUGUCCGGAAUCUACCAUACAAGAUCACUGGUGAGGAAAUGUAUGAUAUCUUUGGGAAAUAUGGCGCCAUUAGACAAAUCCGAGUAGGCAACACUCCAGAAACCCGAGGUACUGCAUUUGUUGUGUAUGAGGACAUUUUUGAUGCCAAGAACGCUUGUGAUCAUUUGAGUGGAUUCAACGUGUGUGGAAGAUAUCUUGUUGUCCUUUACUACCAGGCCAACAAGGCAUUCAAGCGCAUUGAUUCAGAUAAGAAGAAAGAAGAAUUGGAUGCUAUGAAAGCAAAGUUCAACCUCAACAGUGAACGCAGUGAGAAGUGA